AAAUCGUUUUCAAUUCAAAAUUUGUUUGGAAUUUAAAAAAAUGGGUGUUAGUGUGUGCAUUAUUGGGGCUGGUACGGCGGGUCUUUGCUGUGCUCGUCAUGCAAAGGCGCACGAUUUGGAGCCUACGAUAUUUGAAGCUUCGAACUGUGUCGGAGGCACCUGGGUGUAUAAUGAAAAUGUUGGAACAAUUAAUGGAAUCGAUGUACAUAGCAGUAUGUAUGCUAAUUUAAGGUCUAAUUUACCGAAAGAGAUAAUGGGAUUUCCAGAUUUUAAAAUUGGAGAUGUCGCAGAAUCGUAUGUGCCUUCACAAAGCAUUUGCGAUUUUUUGAACCAGUAUGCUGAUUACUAUAAUAUACGACAGUAUAUAAAGUUCAAUUCAUAUGUGGUUAGAAUCUUAUAUAAGCAGAAAAAGUGGCAAGUAAUUGUGAAAGAUCUUUUGACAAGUAACGUUGAAAUACAUAAUUUUGACAAGAUAAUGGUAGCAAAUGGUCAUUACCAUACACCAAUGUAUGCGAAUAUUCCCAAUGCACACCUUUUUAAGGGAAACUAUCUGCAUAGUCAUGAUUUUCGAACCAGUGAUAUAUUUAAAGGUCAAUCCGUUUUGGUUAUUGGCGCAGGACCAAGUGGGAUGGACCUGGCAAAUAUAAUAUCGCAUUCCGCUCGUCGAGUUACACUUAGUCAUCAUUUAAAGGGAAUAUCAAAAACAAAGUUCUUUGACAACGUCUACCAAAAGUCUGAUGUGAAAGAAUUUGAUGAGAAGGGUGCCUAUUUUACAUCGGAUAACUCUUACGAAGAAUUUGAUACUAUAUUUUUCUGCACCGGAUAUAAAUAUGCUUUUCCCUUCCUCAGCGUGAAUUGUGGAAUAUUCGUUGAAGAUAAUUAUGUACAGGAACUUUACAAACAUUGCAUUAACAUACGGAACCCAUCAAUGGCAUUAAUUGGCUUGCCAUUUUAUGUCUGCGCUGCUCAAAUGAUGGACAUUCAAGCUCGGUUUGUAUUGAGUUACUUUUCUGGAAAUAAUAAGUUGCCAUCUACAGAGGAGAUGCUAGCUGAUACUGAUCUUGAAAUGAACAGACGCUGGAAAAAAGGACUUAAGAAGCGUCACGCCCACAUGCUCGGCCCCGAUCAGUUGCAUUAUUUCAACGACUUGGCAAAAACUGCUCAAAUAAAAACCAUUCCACCUGUCAUGACCAAAUUACACAAUGAAAGCAGUAAUUGCUUCAAUGAGAAUUUGCUAACAUUUCGCGAGGAUAUAUUUAAAUUAAUUGAUGAGGAAACUUUUAUAAAAAUAAAUUAGUCUAUUUUUAAAUAAAAUGUAUCUCUCUAAAUACGUUCUAUAUACAAA